AUGCAUGGAAUACUUAAGCGUUUCAAGAUGGAUAAUUGCAAUCCAAUUUUAACACCAACUGAAGAGAGGUUGAAGUUAACAAAAGAUGAAUCAGAAGAACUUGUGAACUCAACAGAUUUUAAGAGUCUUGUUGGAUGUUUGAGAUACUUAACUGCUACAAGACCAGACAUUAUGUAUGCAAUCAGAUUGGUUAACAGGUUUAUGGAAUUACCAAGACAAUCACAUUUACAAGCUGCAAAGAGGAUUUUAAAGUAUGUCAAAGGAACAAUUAGUUUGGGAAUUCUUUACACAGUUUUAGAAGAUCCUAAAUUGGUUGGUUAUACAGAUAGUGCUUGGGCUGGAGACACAGAAGGAAGGAAGAGGACAUCAGGCUAUGCAUUCCAUUUAGGAAUAGGAUUAUUUUCUUGGUAA